ACCAGGAAAAAUUUUUUACUCUCGACCUCCUCGACUUCGUUGGUAUCUCAGAUAAUCGGAGGAUCCGCGAUUCGUCAGUACUACGGGCCAAUGUCGCGACGGAUUGUUGGCAGAUGACAUCGACGAUGUGAUCCUUCGUCAGGGAGAAUGCGAUCGUUCUCGAGGGAAAAAGGAUCCGUCAUGUAACUUGACUCGCGAAAACAGACAGGUCGCAAUGCGGUGCUGAAAAUAGGAGCGUCAACCAACGAUCGAUGCCAGACGCAGCCAGAUCGGCUAGUAGCAGAAGUUGCGGAGGAUCAUGGACAUGGACACUUCCACCUUUGCAUAUUGCCAUAAAGGACAUCCAACAAAGGAACAUUCACGAAGUUUCAGGAGAUGUGAUACCGAUCAAUAUGGUAAAGGGUAUCGGUCAUCUCAGAGAUCCUCGACUUAAUAAGGGUUUGGCGUUCACUCUGAAAGAAAGAUUAUCCCUUGGAAUACAUGGGCUACAACCUCCCAGAUUUAAGACGCAAGAGGAGCAGCUGGCUCUAUGCAAAGCCUCAGUAAUGAAAUACUCUGAAGAUUUGAAUCGAUACUUAUAUCUUGUGGAACUUCAGGAGAGAAACGAAAGAUUAUUUUUUCGUUUGUUAAGCGAAAACAUUGAACAGAUGAUGCCGAUUGUCUAUACACCUACUGUUGGUCUGGCCUGUCAAAAGUUUGGCGUGAUAUAUCGUAGACCUCGUGGACUUUUCAUUACUAUAUAUGAUAAAGGUCAUAUUUAUGAGAUUUUGAAUAAUUGGCCAGAACAAACAGUACGAGCCAUUUGUGUAACGGACGGUGAGCGAAUUUUAGGUCUCGGUGAUCUCGGAGCUUGUGGGAUGGGUAUCCCCGUUGGAAAACUGGCGCUUUACACAGCUCUGGCUGGUAUCAAACCACAUCAGUGUCUUCCGAUUACCAUUGAUGUAGGCACUAAUAAUGAACAGCUGAGAAACGAUCCUCACUAUAUCGGUCUCAACAAGCCUAGAAGUCAAGGUGCUGAAUAUGAUGAAUUAAUCGACGAAUUUAUGGCUGCCUGUGUGCAAAAGUACGGACAAAACGUUCUUAUUCAAUUCGAAGAUUUUGGAAAUCAUAAUGCCUUCCGUUUCUUAGAUAAAUACAGAAAUAAGUACUGUACGUUCAAUGAUGAUAUACAAGGUACAGCUGCAGUUGCAGUAGCUGGAAUUUUGGCUUCAAAAAGGAUAACUAAAAAAAGGAUAGCAGAGAAUAAGUUCGUCUUCUUGGGUGCCGGAGAGGCAGCUAUUGGAAUCGCUGAUCUUUGUGUCAAAGCAAUGGAAGCUGAUGGUUGCACCCAGCAACAAGCGCGCGAUAGUAUUUGGAUGAUGGACAUUGAUGGAUUAUUGGUAAAAAAUCGGCCUGAGGGUAAUUUAGAGGGUCACAAGAUUUGGUAUGCGAAGGAUCACAAAGUGAUGAAGACGCUAAUUGAAGUCGUGAAAGAGAUCAAACCUACCGUUUUAAUAGGGGCUUCGGCAGCGGCAGGUGCAUUUACUCCGGAAGUCUUAAAGGAGAUGGCAAAAAACAACGAAAGGCCAUUAAUCUUCGCUUUAAGUAAUCCAACCAGUAAAGCUGAAUGUACAGCACAGCAAGCAUAUGAUUAUACCGAUGGUAGAUGCAUAUUUUCUUCUGGUUCGCCAUUCGGCGAAGUGACAUAUAAUGGGAAAACGUAUAAACCUGGACAAGGUAAUAAUGCAUACAUUUUUCCGGGUAUUGCUUUAGGCGUUAUAGCGACUGGAGUUCAUCACAUUACCGAAGAUUUAUUCUUAAUCUCGGCACAAACUGUCGCUGACCAUGUGAAAAAUGAAGAUCUUGAAAGAGGUAGUUUAUAUCCGCCGUUAAAUAACAUCCGUGAAUGUUCAAUUGACAUCGCGGUUAGGAUAGCUGAUUAUGCUUAUGCCAAAGGCGGUUUGGCAAGCGAAUAUCCGGAGCCGAAAGACAAACGGCAAUUUAUCAUAAGUAAAAUGUAUGAUGCUAACUAUGACAGUCCACUGCCAAAUCUAUACGAAUGGCCAGGUGAUUAUGCCAAACCACGCAUCUUGCCAGAAAAAGAUACGAUAGAAAUCCGUCAUAAUUUAAAACAUCUGUAGUGGAUUUCGUCGGCCGAGAAUGAUAAGAGAUCAUUAAUAUCUUUAAUGAUAAAAAUAUCGAUGUUUCUUCAACUUAUAAAUAAUAUCGCUCAUGAUAUAUACAAAUAGCAAAAUGAUUUGUAAACGAUUUUAAUUGUAAGAGAAAUUGUGUUUCAUCACAUAAUUACUAUAGUGCUUUCAUCACUAUAAUUUAUAUAUAUUGUUAACAUAGUAUAUGAUGGCAUGAAUCAA